AUGUCGCGCAGCGCGGAGGAGGUGAACAAGAUAACAGAGAGUACAUACAAGAAUGUGAUGGAACAGUUCAACCCGGGUCUAAGGAACCUGGUCAACUUGGGGAAGAGCUAUGAGAAGUCAGUUGCUGCAAUGACCAUGGCAGGAAAAUUGUAUUUUGAUGCACUGUCUAAGAUUGGGGAGAACGCUGCGGUGUCUCCGGUCUCCAGAGAACUAGGUGUCGUGCUGAUGGAAGUCUCAGAGGUCCAUAAAAAGGUUCAGCUUGAGCUGGAGGAAUAUUUUAAGAGAUUCCACAGGGAGAUAGUAAACGAGCUGGAAAAGAAGACUGACAUGGAUGUCAAAUACAUGACUGCCACAUUUAAAAGAUACCAGAUGGAGCACAAGAUGAAGCAAGAUUCUCUGGAGAGGUCCCAGUCAGAUCUGAAAAAGCUGAGGAGGAAGAGCCAAGGCAAGAACGCCAACAAGUACGAGAACAAGGAAAGCGAGUGCCUGGAAACCCUGACAAGCCGACAGAUGGACAUGCAGUUGUUCAUCGCAGACGGCUGUAAGGAGGCUCUGCUGGAGGAGAAGAGGCGCUUUUGUUUCCUCGUGGACAAACACUGCAUGCUCACGUACCACUUCGGCUCCUUCCAUGAAAAGGCCAGAGACAUACUGGCAGAAAAGCUGGGCGGCUGGCAGGACCAGUGCAACGAUGCCACCAACAUUCCCGAGAGUGUUUUGUCUAUGAUUGAGGGCCUGCGUACGCCCGUUCCCUACACACCGCUGCCUUCCCCCUCCCCAUCACGGCACAGCGUGAACAUCACUCCACCGGCUCCACCGCUGAAGGCUCAGACCAGUCCAUUGGCUAACAUGUUCACCCAAGAUAACAACGCCACAAAUAACGCCACAAAUAAUUCCACCAAUAACGGCCCAGAUCAUGAAAGCAGUGAGGAGAACAGUCUCGCCAGGUCUGUGUCAGUCGCCACAGGCCUCAACAAUAUUGUGAAGAGGCCACGUGUGCGCACCGUCUUCCCCCACGCUGCUGGCAGCAACAACACGCUGCUCAGCUUUGACGAGGGAGACAUCAUCAUUCUCCUCAUCCCUGACGAGAGAGACGGCUGGAUGUACGGUGAAAUGGAGAAGAAUAGAAAGAGGGGCUGGUUCCCUUCAUCUUACUGUCGCGCUGUGACCGAGCCUCUCAUGAAUAACAGCAGUGAGCCUGCUGCUCCGUACCGCAGUCGGAGCGUGGUCAACCUCCACCACCAGGACACGGAGACGGACGAGGCCACCAUGGUGCUGCCCCCGGAGGACUACUGUGACUCCCCGCAGCGCAAGUCCAUCAGGCACAACGCCUCGUCCUCCAGCGGUGUCGUCACCAAUAACAACCACCACUACUCCCCCAAGCCCUCCGCGGGCCUCUCCUCCUCCUCCUCCGAUCACCACACGGGGGUCCAGUCCAACGGCACCUCCAGACCUCCCCCUGCUUACUUGGCCGGAGGGAACCCGUUUGCAACAGUCAGGCUACGUCCAACUGUCACUAAUGACCGCUCCGCGCCGGUCAUCUGA